UAGAAUUAAACGCUUAUUAUCAUAUGAACGAAAAUGGGAGGCGGUGGCAAUAUGUCUUCUCGAACAACUAAAGAUUCAAAAAAGAAAAAUCCUCUCGAAAGAGUUCCAUCUUCGAAACCUCCUUUUACAGUUGGUGACCUCAAGAAGGCCAUUCCUCCUCACUGUUUUCAACGAUCUCUCAUUCGCUCGUUUUCCUAUGUUAUUCAGGAUCUCAUACUUGUCUCCGUCUUCUAUUAUAUUGCCACCACUUACUUCCACCUCAUUCCUUCCCCGUAUAAUUAUCUAGCAUGGUCUGCUUACUGGAUCGUUCAAGGUUGUGUUUGUACCGGAAUAUGGGUCAUUGGCCAUGAGUGUGGUCACCAUGGCUUUAGUGAUUACCAAUGGGUAGAUGACAUUGUUGGCUAUAUCCUCCACUCUGCCCUUUUAACACCCUACUUUGCAUCGAAACAUAGUCAUCGUCGUCACCAUGCCAACACAGGUUCCCUUGAGAAUGAUGAAGUUUACUUACCUAGUUUUAAAUCAAAACUAAGAUGGUACUAUAAAUACUUGAACAAUCCACUAGGACGAGUACUCGUACUUGCCUUCACCCUCACUUUUGGCUGGCCUUUAUACUUGAUGUUCAAUAUCUCCGGCAAAAAAUAUGACCGUUUUGCAUGUCAUUACGAUCCAUAUAGCCCAAUAUAUACUGACCGUGAAAGGCUACAAAUCUACAUCUCAGAUGCAGGUAUUCUUGCAACAACUUAUGUGUUGUAUCGCGUUGCUUUGACACAAGGGGUAACUUGGCUUGUAUGCAUCUAUGGAGUGCCCCUUGUAAUUAUGAAUGGAUUUAUAGUUUUGAUAACUUUGUUACACCACACUCACGCUUCAUUGCCACAUUAUGAUUCAUCGGAGUGGGAUUAUCUAAGAGGGGCUCUAGCUACGGUAGAUAGAGACUAUGGUGUGCUAAAUAAGGUGUUUCACAAUGUUACAGAUACUCAUGUUUUGCAUCAUAUAUUCUCAUACAUAUCACAUUACCAUGCAAUGGAGGCAACUAACGCUAUCAAACCGUUGCUUGGUGAAUACUAUCAAGUUGAUGAUACCCCAAUUUUAAAGGCACUGUGGAGGGAUACCAAGGAUUGCAUCUAUGUUGAAAAAGAUAGAGGUUCUCAUCAAGGCAAAGGUGUUUACUGGUAUAAAAAUAAGCUUUGA